AUGGCGGACAUCAACGUUGAAGAGGUGCUCAAGAAGCUCACUCCCAGCGAGAAAUGCGAUCUCCUUUCCGGCAUAGACUUUUGGCACACCAAGGCCCUUCCUCAACACGGCGUUCCCUCCUUGCGCACUUCAGAUGGACCUAACGGCGUAAGAGGUACCAAAUUCUUCAAUGGCACCAAGGCAGCCUGCUUCCCUUGUGGCACUGGCUUGGGCGCAACCUUCAACCUUCCUCUGCUCGAGGAAGCGGGCCGCAAGAUGGCCGACGAGGCAAAGUCCAAGGGCGCCCACGUCAUCCUCGGACCAACCAUCAACAUGCAGCGAUCACCGCUGGGCGGCCGCGGCUUUGAGUCCUUAGGCGAGGACCCCGUACUGGCAGGGCUCGGCGCCUCGGCCCUCAUCAACGGCAUCCAGAGCAAAGGAAUUCAGGCCACUAUCAAGCACUUCGUGUGCAAUGAUCUGGAACACAAACGCAACGCCACACAGGCCAUCGUGACGGACCGAGCCUUGAGGGAGAUCUAUGCCAAGCCUUUCCAGAUCGCGGUGCGGGACUCGAACCCGGCGAGCUUCAUGACCGCCUACAACGGCGUGAACGGGACGUACUGCAGCGAGAACAAGGAACUGCUGGAUGGUUUACUCCGCGGCGAGUGGGGUUGGAAGGGACUCGUGAUGAGUGACUGGUUUGGCUGCUACAGCACGACCGAGUCUGUGCUUGCAGGGCUGGACCUGGAGAUGCCUGGCCCGCCGAGGUUCAGGGGAGAGCCUCUGAAGUUCAAUGUCUCGACGGACAAGGUGCGGGAGCACAUCCUGGAUGAGAGGGCUAGAGAGGUUCUUCAAUUCGUCAAGAAUUGUGCUGCGUCCGGCGUGAAGGAGGGCCAGGAGGAGAGGGCGGAGGACACGCCCGAGACGGCUGCGCUGCUGAGGAAGAUCGGUGGCGAGUCUCUCGUGCUUCUCAAGAAUGAGAAGAAUAUCCUGCCUCUGAAGAAGAACAAGAAGACCGUCGUCAUUGGCCCCAAUGCAAAAAUUGCGACUUACCAUGGCGGUGGCUCUGCUUCCCUCGCUGCUUUCUAUGCUGUCACCCCUUUUGACGGCAUCAGUGCCAAGCUGGAGUCACCUCCCGAGUACUCCGUUGGCCACUAUGCCCACAAGCUGCUUCCUCUCCUAGGAAGCGUGCUCAAGUCCAAGGCUGGAAACCCGGGAAUGACCAUGACAGCGUACAACGAGCAUCCGGAUGAAAAGGCCGACCGCACGCCCCUCGAUGUCGUGGAGCUGGACAAGACGGACCUAUUACUGGUGGACUACUACAAUCCCAAGAUCACCUCGACCAAAUGGUAUGCAGACCUCGAAGGCUCCUUUGUUGCCGAGGAGGAUGCCAGAUGGGCGUUCUCUCUUGUCGUCGUCGGUACUGCCAAGCUUUUCUGCAACGGCAAGAUCGUCGUGGACAAUGAUACAGUACAGAGACAAGGCGAUACUUUCUUUGGCCAAGGAACUGUCGAGGAGCUGGGCCAUUUCAGUAUCAAGAAGGGCGAGACGUAUCACUUCAAGGUGCAGUUCGGUAGCGCUGCCACUUCGAAGUUGGCCGGCGGGAACGUGCUGUUCGGCGGCGGCGCGCUGAGGAUUGGCGGCUGCAAGAUUAUCGAUCCCGAGAAAGAGAUCGAGAGAGCCGCAGCGUUGGCCAAGGACGCGGAUCAGGUCAUCAUCUGCGCGGGUCUCAACGCGGACUGGGAGACCGAGGGCUCAGACAGGGAGAACAUGGACCUCCCUCCAGGACUAGAUGACCUCAUCACAGCAGUUGUGGAAGCAAACCCUGACAACACCGUCGUGGUCAACCAGUCCGGUACGCCCGUGACAAUGCCCUGGGCUGACAAGGUCGGCGCUAUCGUGCAGGCCUGGUACGGAGGCAACGAGACAGGCAACGCCAUUGCCGACGUGCUCUUCGGCGACGUCAACCCGUCCGGGAAGCUCAGCCUCAGCUGGCCCAUUAAGCUGCAGCACAACCCGGCAUUCCUGAACUUCCGCACAGAAGGCGGCAGGACCAUCUACGGCGAGGACGUUUACGUUGGAUACAGGUACUACGAGUUCGCGGACAGAGAAGUGUUGUUCCCUUUCGGACACGGGCUGAGCUACACCACGUUCGAGUUCAGCGGCCUCGAGGUUUCUGAGGCGAACGGCAAGCUGAGCGUCAGUGUCAAGGUGAAGAACACGGGCAAGACCAAGGGCGCCGAGGUCGUUCAGGUCUAUGUGUCGCCCAAGCAGAAGGCGAAGGUCAAUAGGCCAGUCAAGGAGUUGCAGGGCUUUUCAAAGGUUGAACUCGAGGCUGGAGAGGAGAAAACAGUCAAGCUCGACCUCGAGACGAAGUAUGCUGCAAGCUAUUUCGAUGAGGAGAGGGGGAAGUGGAUCGUUGAGGAGGGACAGUACGAUGUGAUCGUCAGUGACAGCAGUGAGGUGAAAAAGGAUAAGUCCGUCAAGCGAAGCUUUAAGGUGCCCGAGACGUUCUGGUGGAGUGGCAUUUAG